UCAUGAUGUAUUUCUAACCAAUCGAGGAAUAUUAGAUUGGUGAAGAAUAUUAUAAGUAAUAUUAUGUUAUCAAUAUUUGGUUGUCCUUGUUAUAAAAUAUCAAAUAUCUCUCAACUACAGGUUAAUCUACAAAUUUCGUUUUAACAAUUGUAAUAUAUAUUUAUAUUCUAGGAUUUGAUGAGUAAAAAAAGAGAAACCAGAAUAUUUAACCUUAAGAGGAGCAACUAUAAUAUCAUAAUUAAAUGA